ACCAGGCUGGGGUUGCGCGGGGGUGGGGGGGGGUAGUGCUCUGGCUGACCCUUUCCCAGGAGUCUCAGUAGGGCAGGUUUGAAUUAAUGUCAGGGAAGGUAGGCCUCAGGUGAUGUUGGGGCUCUCCAGAGCCGCCUCCCCAACCCUGCCUAAGUCCUCAGGGCUGUACGACCCAGUGCCCAUGUGACCAACAGCCAAAGGUUGCGAGGAGGAGCCACAAGCCUUGAUUACUAAAGCUGGUGUGAACAGUGAGUCCUAGACCCCAUCCAACCCAGGUGUGGAUGUAAGGAUGGAGCCACACCCCACAGUGCCAACCCCAUCCAACUGGCAGGAUUGCCGUAGCCUCCUUCAGAUGUGUGUCCUACGCUAGCCACAUCACUCAGAGUCCAGGCAGGGUGCAGGGGGGCAGGCCCAGCUGGUAAUGAGGGGUGGGGAGGCAGGUGCCGGGCCUUGGCACAACAGUCCAGUUAUUUCCAGAGGGAAAAGCCAAAGUCUGCAAACAGAGCCAGAACCCAGGCAGUGAGAAGUAGGGGCCGGAGAGGCUAGGGUGACCCCAAGUGCAGGGGUACAGGCAGCUGCCUGGUUUUCUGAUUCUGUUGAGACCCAAGCCCAGGCAGCCUGAUUCCAGAGUCCUUAGGAGCUUUUUCAGGAAACUCACUGAGUGCUGCUCUGUGGCUUGGCACACUGGGACCUGGGGCUAAUGAGCAGAAAGGAGACCCUGUGGGGACAAAGACAACUUGAGCUCCCAUUCCUCUGGGAACUUCUUUCCUAUUCAAGGGAGGAGAUAUCUGGAGGAGGGAAGGUAGCACCCAGGCCUGGGGACUGAGUCCUGAGCUGUUGGAAAGAUAAUGGGGGUCCUGGUCCGGUUCCCCGAUGUGAAUGCAGGGUUGGGGAGAGAAAGGAAUAAAACAGAGGCUGGGAGCCUGGGUCUGGAGAGCUGAAAGAAGUGGGGCCAGAAGGGCACACAGGACGGGUGGGGAGAGCCCUCAAAGACACUUGCUGAUUUUGGCUGCUGGAGCAGAAAAACAGCCCAAGAAUUUUGUUUGCUUGCAUGGGGUCAGGAGAAGCUGCCCAGGUCCAGAGGAAAGACACCUUUGCCCAGGAGUAGGCAAAGAUGCAUCCUGGAAACCCCUCCUUGUCAUCCCUGAUCCUCUUGCUGGCUCCUGUUUUUCACCUGCCAGCUGGUCAGGUCAGUCCAGGGACACAGCUCUUAGAGCUCAGGAAGAAGAGGCAUGGCCCUGAAGUGGACACUAGGGACUUGGAGAUGGGUCUCCCCCACCUCUGGCCUUGUCUCACUGAAAGCACCCAGGAGAUAGGCGACAAAACUGUGCGCACUGGAAGUGUCUGCACAACCUCACCGACAGUCCUUCCUGAGUAACUGCUGCCCAGCCUCAGGUGGCAGGAGGGUGCCUCUGGGGGGACUGAGGGGUCACAGCCCACCCUCAAGCCCUGACACCUUCACCCAGGCCAUUGGCAAUAUGAGCCCCUCCAAGGUGGAAGCCCUUGCAGUGCAAAUAGGAUGUGUCCACCAGGGCUUGUCUUCAGGACAAGACCCCCGGCCCUUGCCACCAACCCUCCCUCAGGUACCUGGCUCUGGUUUUGACCUAGGAAGAGAGGCUGAGUCAGGGAGGUCAGGCAGUCCGCACUCCCCUCCCAGCAGGGAUGCAGGAGCACUGGUCCAGGUGUGGGUAUAAGGAUGGGGCCACACCCCACAGUGCCAAAGUGAGACUUGCUGGAAGAUUGUGCCUGCCUCUCCCCCGACUUGCCCCCUGGGCUGUCAUCACAGCUGGGCCAGGCAGCUGAAGUACUAAAUGGUCCAACUGGGGAGGAAGGACUGGGGUCAGUCCUGGGGUUCUGUCUGACCUCCCACCCAGCUUACUCCUAGGAACUGAGGCAGCAGCUAAACUCCCAUUAUUCUCCCUUGACACCCCAGCUGUGGAGGGACAGGUGAGGAACUAGAGUCCCUUCAAUCCCUUCUGCCUGUUGCAGGGAGCUGCUGGAGCUGAGGUAGGGGGUAGUCUCUGUUGCUUCCUCCUCUGACUGGUAUCGGGCCACGCUGAGUGCCUGGGCCUGGAACACCCCUCACUUUCAGACCCAGCUGGGCAGGGGUCAUCCCUACUCUCCCUUCCCUUGUGCCCAUUCCACUCUGGAUGCCUUCUCCAGCCAUCCAGGCUGCCUGCCCAGUCACCCGAUCCACCCUGCAGCCCUGCAAACUUUACUACAGCGUCAUGGGGCGGUGGCUGGCCUGGUGGGGGCUGGGGCUGCUCCUUAAAGGAGCCAUCAGAAGGUGCCCUGCAGCCCCCAGGCUUCUCUCCUUCCCCAGGGCAGAAGGGGCUGGGGAGCGGAGGCACCUCUGCUGAGUUCUCAAUGGCAUGUGAGAAGGCUGCCAGGUGGCAGUUUCGAAGAUCUCUGCAGCCCAAGAAGCGACAGUGGCAAGUGUCAGCGGAUGGAAGGAGGGAGGUGGGGUCCUGGCCUGGGAGGGGUCCGGGAGCUGAGGAGCUGGGCAGGGAUGGUGGUGGAGGGGUCUGACACCUGCCCCAGCAGCUGCUUCCCUUGCUUGAUUUCACCCUGGGACCUUGCCCCACCCCAGGGCUCCUGUGCAGGCACCUGCCCGGCCUGCUUCUGGGAAGGACAGUGGGCAGGGCAGCUGGAUCCUCACCCCACCUAAGGGACCCAAGGAAGUCCACUGAGGUGGAGGGGGAGGCUUAGGGAGCAUGGAUGCUCUGAGCAGGGACAGCAUCCCCACCAGGAGCCUGUGGAGAGAGAGCGGCCGCUUCACCCUGCCCCUCAUGUCUUUGGGUCUGACGCCUGAGCUCACAGAAUCCCUGUGACCAGGAGCAAAGAGGGAGCAGCCCAAGUGCACAGCUGGGUUUGUGGAGAGCAGUGUCAGGUAAGGGCUGAGGCAGUUGCCCAGCCUGGGCCGUCCCUGGGUCUCCAGGCAGCGCCUCUCCCUCUGAGGCAUGGGUCCCAUUGGAGUCUUGGGAUCUUAGUGAUGCAUUUGCUCACUUACACACUCAUUGAGACACACAAAUUAUGUGUAUACACACAUGCUUGCAUAUGCACAAAUAUGUGACACAUGUACAAACAUGCACACAGUGCAUAGAUGUGCACACAGUACCACACAUGCAUACACACACAUUGGCAAACUUAGCCCAUAUCUACACAGGCCCGAUACAACCAUGUUUGGGAAUAGACAUGUAUACAUGCACACCCAUGCACACACACACUAUAUACAUGCACACACUUGCAAAGGGACUCAGAAACAUUCACACUGACAGGCACCCGCAGCCUUGACUCCAACCUCAAAGGGCCUCUGUGUUUCUCUGUGGGUCUGGGGUCCACAGCCACCUCCAAAGGCCUGACCCCUCCUGUGGCACCCACUCGCCAUUGGCUUGCUUUACUCUUGCACUUGCUGCCCUCUGAGAUGACUCCAGGUCCUGAUCCCUGUUGGCAUCCUGCCUGCUCCCUCAUGGGGCCCUUGUCUAUGUCUCCCAGAAUCCCAGCCCCAAUCACAGGCUGGCAUCAAGUGGGCACACAAUGCUUGUGAUUAAUGUCUGUGAGUGUGUAUACAGGAGGGGAGGUUACUGGGGAGGGUGACGUGGUGGGGCGGGCGCCUGCUAGUGCAUGGUGACCCUAAGGGUGUGCCCAGCGUGGGUGUGUCUGUGAUUAUGGCAUGGGGGGCACCCUCCGAGGAGGGGAGGGCUCAGAAGCGGGAAUGUGACCCCCCAGCCUCUUUCCCCAGGGGCUGUAAUCUGAUCCCUGGGGACUCCCCCCCCCAGCCUCCCGCCCUCGCUGCCCUCAUUGCUGCCGACUCCUUCUCUUCCAGAUCCUGGGGCAGAGUCCAGGGAGGCUCAAGGCUCCUCCACACACAACCGCUGAAUCCUGAGCGCCCUGAGCUGCCGGCAUGGGGCGUGCCGAGGCCGCCGCCAUGAUCCCAGGCCUGGCCCUGCUCUGGGCAGCGGGGCUGGGGCUAGCUACCUCCAGCCCUCCACGCCUUCGGCUCUCCUUUCAAGAGCUCCAGGCCUGGCAUGGGCUCCAGAACUUCAGGCUGGAGCGGACCUGUUGCUAUGAAGCCUUGCUGGUAGACGAGGAGCGUGGGCGCCUGUUUGUGGGUGCUGAGAACCAUGUGGCCUCACUCAGCCUGGACAACAUCAGCAAGCAGGCCAAAAAGCUGUCCUGGCCAGCCCCUGUGGAAUGGCGGGAAGAGUGCAACUGGGCAGGGAAGGACAUUGGUACUGAGUGCAUGAACUUUGUGAAGUUGCUCCAUCCCUACAACCACACACAUGUGCUAGCCUGCGGCACAGGGGCCUUCCACCCCAUCUGUGCAUUUGUGGAAGUGGGCCACUGGCUGGAGGAACCCGUACUCUGGUUGGAACCAAGAAGGUUUGAGGAUGGCAAGGGGAAGAGCCCCUAUGACCCCAGGCAUCGGGCAGCCUCCGUGCUGGUAGGGGAGGAGCUGUACUCAGGGGUAGCAGCAGACCUUAUGGGCCGGGACUUUACCAUCUUCCGCAGCCUGGGCCAACGACCAAGUCUCCGAACAGAGCCACACGAUUCCCGCUGGCUCAACGAACCCAAGUUUGUCAAGGUCUUUUGGAUCCCGGAGAGUGAGAACCCAGACGACGACAAAAUCUACUUCUUCUUCCAUGAGUUGGCAGUGGAGGCAGCACCAGUUCUGGGGCGCCUGACAGUGUCUCGAGUAGGCCAGAUCUGUCGGAAUGACAUGGGUGGCCAGCGAAGCUUGGUUAAUAAGUGGACGACAUUCCUGAAAGCACGGCUGGUAUGCUCCAUGCCUGGUGUGGAAGGGGACAGUCACUUCGACCAGCUCCAGGAUGUGUUUCUGCUGUCCUCUCGGGACCCCCGGAACCCGCUGCUCUACACUGUGUUUUCCACGUCCAGCAGCAUCUUCCAGGGCUCUGCUGUGUGCAUGUACAGCAUGAACGAUGUGCGCCGGGCCUUCCUGGGACCCUUUGCACACAAGGAGGGGCCCACAUACCAGUGGGUGUCCUACCAGGGCCGUGUCCCCUACCCCCGGCCUGGCAUGUGCCCCAGCAAGACAUUUGGCACCUUUAGUUCCACCAAGGACUUCCCUGACGACGUCAUCCAGUUUGCUCGGAACCACCCUCUCAUGUACAACCCCAUCCUGCCCAUUGGUGGGCGGCCUGUCUUCAUGCAAGUGAGUGCCGGUUAUACCUUCACUCAAAUCGCUGUCGACCGUGUAGCAGCUGCUGAUGGACACUAUGACGUCCUCUUCAUUGGUACAGAUGUGGGAACAGUGCUAAAGGUGAUCUCAGUCCCCAAGGGCAACCAGCCAAGUUCUGAGGGGCUGCUUCUGGAGGAGCUGCACGUGUUUGAGGACUCAGCUGCUGUCACCAGCAUGCAAAUCUCCUCCAAGAGGCCAGGAGCCCUUCCUGCCCUCCAGCACCAGCUGUACAUAGCCUCGCGGAGCUCAGUGGCCCAGAUCUCCUUGCAUCGUUGUGCAGCCCAUGGCCGCGCCUGCGCAGAAUGCUGUUUGGCACGCGACCCCUACUGUGCCUGGGAUGGGGCCAGGUGUACACGCUUCCAGCCUAGUGCCAAGAGGCGGUUCCGGCGGCAAGACAUACGGAAUGGCGACCCCAGCACGCUUUGCUCUGGGGACUCGUCCCGUCCUGUGCUGCUGGAGCGAAAGGUCUUCGGGGUGGAGGGCGGCAGCGCCUUCUUGGAGUGUGAGCCCCGCUCGCUGCAAGCACACAUGGAGUGGACUUUCCAACGCACAGGGGAGGCUGCUCACGCCCAGGUGCCGGCGGAGGAGCGCGCUGAGAGCAUGGGGCAGGGGCUACUGCUGCGUGGACUUCAGCGCCAGGACUCAGGCGUGUACCUGUGCACCGCCGUAGAGCAAGGCUUUUCGCAGCCACUCCGUCGCCUCGAGCUGCACGUUCUGACCGCUACGCAGGCUGAGCAGCUGGCGCGUGCCGAAGAGGCUGCGCCCCCAGCGCCCCCGGGCCCUAAACUGUGGUACCGAGACUUUCUGCAGCUGGUGGAGCCCGGCGGUGGUGGCGGCGGUGGCGCGAGCUCCCUGCGCAUGUGCCGACCGCAGCCCUUGCUUCGAGUCCCGGGGUCCAAGUCGCGCCGGAAGGGCCGCAACCGGCGGAUGCACGCUUCCGAGCCUCGUGCCGAGAGGGGGCCCCGCAGCGCAAAACACUGGUGACUGGGUUGUCCCCACGCGGGGACCAGGCAGGAGAAGACAGGCCAGAGAGGGGGCAGACAAGCCCCAGGAAGACAAAUGGGCUGGAGCUGGGCACACCAUGGUCCCCGGACCAAUGGAGACACCGAACAACAAGCCCCUGGCGGAAGGGCAGCCGCGCCGGCUUAUUUAUUAUUAACAGGAUAACCCUUGAAUGUAGCCCCAGAAGGGCGGCCCAGGCCGGGUGCAGAAUCUGGCCCAGAGAGAGGGAACAGAGAAGCAGGGCUCCAGAGCAACGACCAGGGCCAGGGAGGUGCCCUGAGUGCCCACCCUGGUGGAGGGAUUCCCCUCCUGGCAUUGAGCAUAAGGCUGUGAACAAGCUGGGCCAUAGAGGGCGGGAUGGGGCAGGCUGACUGUACUAAAGUAAUGCAAUAAACACUUUAUCAGCUGAAGCUGGAAUGGCCACA